UCAGGAAAAUGGAUGGAUGAAGAUAUGUUUCAGAAAACAGAAACAAUCCUAAAAUGACCUCAAAUUUCUUAUUUUACUUUUAACUACACCCAGAUCAGUACGGUUGUCUUACUCUCCACUGUGAACAUUUUGAUAAAUUAGGCUGUCUUUUAUUUUGAAAAACAAUACUAAAUUCAAGCAAAAACCUAAAAAACAAGUUAUUUCAAUUUCAGAACAGAUUCGUUUUCUAAAACAACUUCACUCAAAAAAUAAAAGGUCUGACGCAGACUAGUGACAUGCAGCUAAUCUGUAAAAUCCACUGUGAUCACCUUGACGACACUCCCUCACAGUCUGCACAGCUGUGGGUCUCUCUGUGAAGUGAGAAGAAACUGACCGAGUCUGAAGCCAAAAGACUAAUCUCUCCAUUAGCUAAAAGGUGGCAUAAGUCAUCAUGGAGAAACAUGUAAUCCUCUCCUUCAUCCAAUUAAGUUGAUCCGGAGUAAUUGUUGGAGUUCCUAUAAAAGCAGGAGCUCAUUAUACCGAGAGAGGCAAACCUCUGCAGUGAGGCGCAGAAAAUAUCGUCCUAGUGUUAGACACAAGUGAAAACUUUUUCACUGCACAGCAUUUUAUUUACUUGAGACCAGCAAAAAAAUGAGGGGAAAUCGUCUUGUGGAGUUUCCAGAUGAAUUUUGGAUCCCCAUCCCUCUGGACACCAACAAUGUCACAGCCCUCAGCCCGUUUCUGGUCCCCCAGGAUCAUUUGGGAAACCCCUCCAUCUUUUAUUCGAUGUCAGCUUUGAUGUUUGUCCUGUUCGUUGCUGGCACGGCCAUCAACCUCCUCACUAUUGCGUGCACUCUUCAGUAUAAGAAGCUGCGGUCUCAUCUGAACUACAUCCUGGUCAACAUGGCGGUGGCGAACUUCAUUGUUGCGUCUACAGGUUCCUCCACCUGCUUCAUCUGCUUUGCCUUCAGAUACAUGGUUCUGGGUCCACUGGGCUGCAAGAUCGAAGGCUUCACUGCAUCUCUUGGAGGAAUGGUGAGCCUCUGGUCUCUUGCUGUGAUUGCAUUUGAGCGAUGGCUGGUUAUCUGCAAGCCAUUUGGAAACUUUGCCUUCAAGUCUGAGCAUGCUCUGUUGUGCUGUGCACUGACGUGGGUCUGUGGACUGUGUGCUUCAGUUCCUCCGCUGGUGGGAUGGAGUAGGUACAUCCCAGAGGGCAUGCAGUGUUCCUGUGGACCAGACUGGUACACAACAGGCAACAAGUUCAACAACGAGUCUUUUGUGAUGUUCCUCUUUUGCUUCUGCUUUGCCGUCCCGUUCUCUGUCAUCGUCUUCUGCUAUUCUCAGCUGCUUUUCACUCUGAAGAUGGCAGCAAAGGCCCAGGCUGACUCCGCCUCCACGCAGAAGGCAGAGAAGGAGGUUACCAGGAUGGUGGUGGUUAUGGUCGUUGCUUUCCUGGUCUGCUAUGUGCCCUAUGCUUCCUUUGCUGUCUGGGUCGUCAACAAUCGCGGGCAGACAUUUGACCUGAGACUGGCGACCAUACCCUCCUGUGUGUCGAAGGCCGCCACUGUCUACAACCCCGUCAUUUAUGUGCUGCUCAACAAGCAGUUCCGCUCGUGCAUGAAGAAGAUGCUGGGGAUGAGUACAAGCGACGAUGAAGAGUCCUCCACCAGUCAGUCCACCACUGAAGUCUCAAAAGUCGGCCCAUCUUAAGCUCCUGUACAUUUUCAAGCAACAAUGUAAAACAAAACAUAGAAAAGAAUAAACUUUUGUGUCAUUCUGACUUCUAUCAACAUAUUCUUUAUACAGUUAUGAGUAUUCAACAAGUGUUUUUUGUGUGUUAUAUUCUAAAAUCAUAUUUUCUUUUUGCUUUACAUCAAGUAUCCAGGUCACUGAAGCCCAUAUCCUGAAGUGCAGCAUGUUUGUUGUUGCACAUCUGGAUUUAGUUUGUUUAUGUGGUUGUAUGCAUGUCAUAACAGAGAAGCAAUUAAAAGGCAGACAGGACAUCUGCACAAACACCUUU